UUUUUUUGACCGUCAGAUUUUUUAUCAAGUUACUUCGGAUAAUUUUAUAUUUUUUAAAAAUCAAAAUGGCUGACAAGCGAAUCAGUAAGAAAAAGAAAAAAGGGGCAAUUGAUGAAAAUAUAAAGCCUACGUCUGAAGAAGAGAGUAUCGCAAAGCACUUAAGAUUUAAUCUUGAAACAAAGAAAGCUACUAUGUAUGGUGAUGAAGCUUUUUACUUUUUUGGAUCAAAAGCUGUUGAUUUUCUGUUAGAUUCAAAAUGGGCGAAGGGAGACUCAAAAUUAUCUGUGCAAUUUACUCACCGUGAGUCUGUUGUUGCUUUCCUAACCAAGUUGUUAAAUUACGGAAAGUUUUUUACAAGAGCUCAUCUCAAUAAAAUUGAAAAGAAGGUAAAAGAUAUUAAAAAAAAAGAUGAAAAAAUAAAAGUUGAAAAAGAAGAUAAAAAGAAAGAGGAUGAAAGUGAAAAAAGCGAAAGUCCCAGGUUAAGAAAGGAAAAGAAAGAUGUGAAAAAAGUUAAAAAAAAGGUUAAAUAUACAUUGGAACCACAUGAUUUUCAAUGUUUUAUUGACAGUGAUAAAGAGGCAUAUGUUUGGAUAUAUGACCCUGUUAGUUGCUGGAAGUUAAUUCUUGGAACAAUACUUGUGCUGUUUGUAAUUGCUGUUUGUUUGUUUCCAUUAUGGCCUGAAAGCGUUAGAGAAUAUAGCUGGUAUCUAAGUGUUGCUGGUGCAAUUUUUGUUGGUGGUAUCCUUGUUCUUGCAUUGUUACGAUAUAUUGUCUUUGCGCUCAUAUUUAUGUUCACAAUGGGAAACGUUCGUUUUUGGUUUCUCCCUAAUCUCACUGCAGAAUGUGGGUUUUUUGAAUCUUUUGUACCUUUAUACACAUAUGCUGAAAGCAAAGUUGACAAUAAAAGCAAGAAGAAAUUCAAAAAAGAUAAAAUAAAAAAUGAAGAGAACUUAAAAAAAGAAAAAUUAGAAGAUCUUAAAAGCUUUUCUUCAAUUGAAAAGAAAAAUGAAGAAGAUAAAGUCUAUAGUAAUGAGAGCGAGGAAAGUUCUGAAAGUAUCAAAGAUGAAGAUUGGGUAAAAGUUAAAAAAAGUACAAAACAAGAUACAUUUGAAGCUAAAUGUUAAUUUUUUGUUUUAAGUGUAUAAGUGAAAUAUUAUUUGAAAGUUUUUUUUAAUAUAUAUUUAUUUUUAUUUUA